UCGGUGCUUGCCCUCAUACACACUCCCUCUCCCUCCCUCAUUUUUAUCGUACAUGCACACCUCCCCAUCUCCCUCGCUCUCCAUUCCCCUCGCUCUCGUUCUCUUGCUCACAAUCUCAGUUCUCCGCAUCCAUCUCUCUCUCCUUUCCUCUCUCUCUAACAAUCUUCCCCUUCUAGAGCUCUCUUAUCCCCCUCUCUCUCUCUCUCUCUCUCUCUCUCUCUCUCUCUCUCUCUCCUUUCUUCUCCUCGCUCUUUCACAUUCCAUCCCCUCUGUCAUUCUCAUUCAGUAUCUCUUGAUAGCCCUCUCUCUCUUUUGCCGCUGCAUGUCUCUCGCCCCUCACCUCUCUGCCUCCCUCGGUGCUGUCAGGGUGACAGGCGGUCACUGGAAGAAAACACAAAACCCUCAACAAACAGCAGCCUCACAUUCUCAUAGACUCUCUCAUUCACUCUCUCUCCCUCUGAAUCUUCCCCUCCCACUCUCUCACUCUCUUUCACUUGCUGCACACACACUCACAUCCAUACACAGAACACACCAGUCUCUCUCUCUCUCUCUCUCUCUCUCUCUCUCUCUCUCUCUCUCCCUCUCUCACACAAACACAAAAGACGAUCGUAGGGGUUUCCGCUCCGAGAUGAACGAGAAGAACAUCGUUGAUGUGGUGACCGUCGCUUGAGAAGGAGUAAAGAUCCAACCUUCCUCCCUCUCCUCUUCCUACUUCUCCUCUUCCAUCUCCAUCUCCAUCUCCACUCGCUUCAGCCGGCGCUGGUGCAGCAGCGGGGGGGGGCGGGCCAGUGUGUUUCUGAAGGGUGCCAUGCCUGCUGGUGAUCAGAGAGGAGAGGGCCAGUGACAUCAUGACAGACCACGACAAGUGGGUCACACUGACCCCCACAGAGUUCUCCCUGCUCCAGGACUACGCCCAGUACUCGACCAAGAAGCUCAAAGAUGUCCUCCAGGAGUUCCACGGGGAUGGGGUGUUGGCCAAGUACAACCCAGAGGAGAAACAGGAAAUCCUUAGCCAGGAGAUUGACUUUGAGGGGUUUAAGGUGUUCAUGCAGACCUUCCUGGAGAGCGAGCUGCCUGAAGAGUUCUGUCAGCAUCUCUUCUUGUCCUUUAGCAACAAGGGUCCCAGACCCAGUCCCUCAUCCUGUGACAAGCCCAAGGUGUCUGGGCUGAAGCUGAUAAAAGGCACGUCGACCCCCCUGAAGACCCCCCCCCCGGCGGCGGUGGUGGUGGCGGCGUCCCCGCCCCUGAACUCGGUGCAGCUGAAGGACAUCGUGUGCUACCUGUCCCUGAUGGAGGGCGGGCGGCCUGAGGACAAACUGGAGUUCAUGUUCCGUCUCUACGACACCGACGGGAACGGCUCUUUGGACAGCUCGGAGUUGGAGCAUAUCAUCUCCCAGAUGAUGCACGUGGCUGAGACCCUGGAGUGGGAUGUGACCGAACUCAAACCGAUCCUCCAGGAGAUGAUGCAGGAGAUCGACUACGACCACGACGGGGCCGUAUCCCUCGAGGAGUGGAUCCAGGGGGGCAUGACCACCAUCCCCCUGCUGGUCCUGCUGGGCCUCGAGACUAAUGUGAAGGAUGAUGGGCAGCAUGUGUGGAGGCUGAAGCACUUCAACAAGCCGGCCUACUGCAACCUGUGUCUCAACAUGCUCAUCGGCCUGGGCAAGCAGGGCCUCUGCUGCUCCUUCUGUAAGUAUACGGUCCACGAGCGCUGCGUGGCUCGGGCGCCGGCGUCCUGCAUCAAGACCUACGUCAAGACCAAGAAGAACACGGAGGUGAUGCACCAUUUCUGGGUGGAGGGGAACUGCCCCACCAAGUGUGACAAGUGUCACAAGACCAUUAAGUGCUACCAGGGUCUGACUGGGCUUCACUGCGUCUGGUGCCAGAUCACGCUCCAUAACAAGUGUGCCUCACAUGUGAAGCCGGAGUGCGACUGCGGGCCCCUCAAAGAUCACAUCCUACCGCCUAACACCAUUUGUCCCGUGGUGCUGGAGAGGCAGUCGACAGUGCGGAAGGACUCCAGAUGCAGCCAGACAAGCCGAGGGAAGAUGCAGAGAGCCAACUCUGUCACCGUGGAUGGCCAGGGCCUGCAGAUAACAACAUUAGAGGGCACUCAUCCUCUGCUGGUGUUUGUCAAUCCUAAAAGUGGGGGCAAGCAAGGCGAGAGGAUUUAUCGGAAGUUCCAGUACCUUCUGAACCCGAGACAGGUGUACAACCUGGCCAAGACCGGACCCAUGCCGGGGUUGAACUUCUUCAGAGACGUUCCUGACUUCCGCGUGUUGGCGUGCGGCGGAGACGGAACGGUUGGUUGGAUCCUGGACUUCAUCGAUAAGGCCAACCUAAACAGGAACCCCCCCGUGUGUGUACUUCCUCUUGGCACAGGAAAUGACCUGGCCCGCUGCCUGCGCUGGGGGGGAGGCUACGAGGGCGAGAGCCUGCUGAAGAUCCUGCGGGACAUCGAGACCAGCGCCGAGGUGACGCUAGACCGCUGGCGGAUCGACGUGACGCCGUCGGACCGUGAGGAACCCGGAGACCCGGCGCCCUACAGCAUCAUCAACAACUACUUCUCCAUCGGCGUGGACGCCUCCAUUGCCCACCGCUUCCACAUCAUGAGGGAGAAACACCCUGAGAGGUUCAACAGCAGAACAAAGAACAAGCUGUGGUACUUUGAGUUCGGCACCUCAGAGACCUUCUCUGCCACGUGUAAGAAGCUGCACGACUUUCUGGAGGUGGAGUGUGACGGCAUCAGCCUGGACCUCAGCACCAUCUCCCUUGAGGGCAUCGCCAUUCUCAACAUUCCCAGCAUGCACGGCGGCUCCAACCUCUGGGGUGAAAGCAAAAAGAGGAGGGUCAACCGAAGGGCGGCCAAGAAGGCCCAAGACAAGAGGACGACGGUGCUGGACCCAAAGGAGCUCAUGUUUGCGGUCCAAGACAUCUCGGACCAGCUCCUGGAGGUGGUGGGGCUGGAGGGAGCCAUGGAGAUGGGUCAGAUCUACACCGGUCUGAAGAGUGCUGGGAGACGUCUGGCCCAGUGCUCCUCUGUAACCAUUAGGACCACAAAGUCUCUCCCAAUGCAGAUCGAUGGAGAGCCUUGGAUGCAAGCCGCCUGCACGAUUCAAAUUGACCACAAGAACAAGGCGCCCAUGUUGAUGGGCACACCGCAGGGCACCGGCUUUUUCUCCUCUAUCAUCAGGAGGACACGCAGCGAGAGCAAAGACUGAUGGGAAAUUGUCUCGGGCAAGGCUCUGAAACGCCGGUCAAAAUGUUAGCUAGCCCCAGCUAGCUCUGAAGUAACAGCGCUCAGAAAGGCUGUGUCAUCCACAGUGAAUCCACCACAACUCGGAUACAAGGCCACGGAAGGAUGGGGACCGUAUGGGUAUUUAUUGAGGGCGUUCGCGAGCUACAGCCCCACACCCUGCCUCUGUUGUGAGGCCGUCACCGGUUGGAGGUGAGGUGUAGCGGAAGAGGCGGUGGCGUGUGGGUCGCCACAUCACAACUUGGAGGAGAUCUCUCUGUCUCUCCUUUUUUUUUUUUUUGCUUUAACAUGUGCAGUCUACGAAUGCGCUUUGGGAAGGGGUACAGUUUAACAAUAUAUAUACAGUUGGUAUAUAUAUAUAUAUAUAUAUAUCUUUAUUUUCAAUGUUUUUUGAUGGAUUUCACCUCUCGCUACAAAUGAGUAGAUUGAGUAGACAUAUCUCCAGUUGCGACUUGCUCCGUGUGAAGGGCCUGGUAUUUGCCACGCAGGUCAGAGACAUGUUAUUCAGAUUGAGGCGGACAUGUUAUAUUUUGUGAGACUUUUGGACAACAUCAAGGGAAAUAUUCCAGAGGAUUAUUGACUGUUUACUGAAAAGUUUUUAAAAAGCAUGCAAUCGUCUAUUUUUUUGCACGAAAGAUGUAUAUGUUCGCUAGCAGUUGUGUGCACAAUUUCUGUUGCAUGGCAGGGCGAGAUCUGUUAUUGAACCCUGUGGAAAAUGAAUAGAUAUUUGUCAAAAAGGUUAUUGCCAGAAUUUUUAGCAAUGCCAUUACCAGAAGGUAUAUCCAUAUCACAUCAAAUAUUCAGUUGAUGGACAUUUUUUUAUAUUGGGUCCUAUGUUUUUAUAUACUGGCACUCAGGUAUAUUUUUAUUUCAAGUUGCUAAAAGUUAAAAUGACGCAAAAUAAUAUAUUAAAUUAUUUUGCUGAGCGGCAUCCUUACAGCUGCACUUAGUCCCUUUUUUGACUGAAGCCAUCACUUUUUCCUCAAAAAUAUUUCGCUAGAAGACACACUUUUCUAACCAAAAGGGUAGAGGUGCUUGACAUCAUGUCCGCUCCAACCCUAACAUUGGUAAAACAUUGAUAAUUGCAGCCGUUUCAGAUAAGCCCAUCUAAC